CGCGCUGACAGCCUCGCGUCCUGGCGCCCGCUCGCUGGGGCUGCCCGGAGGCCGCGGCCGGGCAGCUGUUGCACUGAGAGGGGGGCAGCUGCGGAGUUCCAUAACCAUAGCAACCGCAUCAGCAACGGCGGCGGCGGGCGAGGGCAGCAUCCGCUCGCUCCUCCUCCAGGCAGCCUCGCCGCGGGGACCCAACACCAGCUCGCAGGUGCCGCGGACUCCCCAGUCAGCCCGCCGCCGCCGCCGCAAGUGUUGGCGGCCAGAGAAGGCUAAAGGGGAGAGAGAGGGACCCAGGAGCGCGGCCCCCGGGGGAGAGAGAGGGGAGCCCUGCAGUGGAGACAGGGCUUCCAUACCACAGCUGCACAAUAAAAGUUUAUAUAAUUCUGCCAUUAGGAUUUUAUUGUACAACCUGAUGACAACAGCCUACAGAAACAGAGUGAUCGCAUCAUGUCAAGGUACCGAGGCCCAUCAAGUUUAAGUAACUUGGAAAAGGUCACAGAAGUAACAUGUAGAGUGCUGAGAUUUGAACCUAGGCGGCCUGACUCCAAGACCUGCUCUCUGAACAGCCAUCUUCUACCAUUUCUAAAAAGGGGGCUAAGAACAGCAAUAUGGACCCUGCUGGUUCUAUGGAGUGACCUGGACUCUGGACCCUGAUCGUUAACUGUAAUGAGCCGAAAAGAUCAUGUCUGAAAUACAAGGAACGGUUGAGUUUUCGGUAGAGCUACAUAAAUUUUAUAAUGUGGAUCUCUUUCAGAGAGGGUAUUACCAGAUCCGAGUGACCUUGAAGGUGUCUUCAAGGAUCCCCCACAGACUGAGUGCCUCCAUCACUGGGCAGACAGAGAGCAGCAGCCUGCAUUCAGCCUGUGUUCAUGACAGCACCGUGCAUAGCCGGGUCUUUCAGAUCUUAUACAGGAAUGAAGAGGUGCCCAUAAAUGAUGCUGUGGUCUUCCGAGUUCAUUUGCUCUUAGGUGGUGAAAGGAUGGAAGAUGCACUGAGUGAAGUAGAUUUUCAACUCAAGGUGGAUCUGCACUUUACGGACAGUGAACAGCAGUUGAGGGACGUGGCUGGGGCACCGAUGGUCAGCAGCCGCACGCUUGGCCUGCACUUCCACCCCCGGAAUGGUCUGCACCACCAGGUCCCGGUCAUGUUCGACUAUUUCCACCUGUCUGUGAUCUCGGUGACCGUCCAUGCUGCCCUGGUGGCUCUGCAGCAGCCCUUGAUCAGUUUUACUCGUCCAGGAAGAGGCUCCUGGCUUGGUAAAGGUGGCCCAGACACCGGACAAGAACAGUCUAUCAUUUCUCUGGAAAACUUGGUCUUUGGAGCUGGAUACUGCAAGCCAACUUCCUCAGAGGGAAGCUUCUACAUCACCUCUGAGAACUGCAUGCAGCACGCACACAAGUGGCACCGAGACCUGUGCCUGUUGCUCCUCCACGCUUACCGGGGACUCCGUCUCCACUUCCUGGUGAUCAUGCGGGACAUCCCGGAGCUGCCACACACGGAGCUGGAGGCCCUUGCUGUUGAAGAAACACUUUCUCAGCUGUGCUCAGAGCUACAGAUGUUGAACAAUCCAGAGAAGAUCGCUGAGCAGAUAAGCAAGGAUCUGGCCUGGCUCACGUCCCAUAUGAUGGCUCUGUGGACCCAGUUCCUGGACACGGUCACUCUGCACUCCCAAGUGACCACUUAUCUCACCCAGGAACACCACACCCUGAGGGUCCGAAGGUUUUCUGAGGCCUUCUUUUACAUGGAGCACCAAAAACUUGCAGUCCUGACAUUUCAGGAGAAUCUGAUACAGACGCACAGCCAGCUGUCCCUGGAUAUCCGGAACUCGGAGUACCUCACCAGCAUGCCCCCGCUGCCUGCAGAGUGCCUGGACAUCGACGGCGAUUGGAACACCCUGCCGGUGAUCUUUGAGGACAGAUACGUGGACUGCCCUGCAACAGGGCAUAACUUGAGUGUUUAUCCUAAUUUUGAUGUUCCAGUGACAAGUCCUACAAUAAUGAAUCUAAAAGACAAAGAAGUUAACUGUAUGGUAAAUAGCAAUUUAUCUUUUAGGGAAGACCUUGUCUUGUCUACCAUAAAACCAUCCCAAAUGGAUUCUGAUGAAGAAGUUAUAAGGUGUCCAGAGACGGCUGAGAAUGUGGCCACACAAAAUCAUAUGAACAUGUGCUCGGAAUCUCAGGUGUAUAUAUCAAUUGGUGAAUUUCAAAACAAAGCAGGUGUGCCUGAAGAUGAAUGUUGGACUGGCCAAACAUCUGAUGCUGGGACAUAUCCAAUGGCAGAUGUGGAUACUUCUAGAAGGAGUCCAGGCCCAGAGGAUGGACAGGCCCCAGUGCUGACCUACAUUGAUGUAAAAUCUAGCAAUAAGAACCCCUCCAGAGCUGAACCCCUGGUGGCCUUCAGUGCUCAGCAUGAGAGUAGGAGCUCUAGAGAUAAGUAUGGAUUAGACAGGACUGGGUUAAGCAAAGUGGUAGUAGGUGGAAGCCACCAAAAUGCCAUCUCUUCAGACAAAACAACUCUCCGUGAAUUAAGUACUCUAGGAAAGGGGAUAGAUCAAGAGGGGAAGAUGGUGCUGCUAAGCUUGAAACUCACCCCCUCUGAGCCCUGUGAUCCACUAAGUUCUACCCUGAGGGAGCCCUUAGAUAUUAGGUCUUCCCUGAAGGACUCUCACACAGAAGAGCAGGAGGAACUCUCAGUGCUAUCCGGGGUCAUCAAGAGAUCUUCAUCCGUCAUAUCUGAUUCAGGCAUUGAGAGUGAGCCAAGCUCCGUCGCCUGGUCAGAGGCCCGAAGCAGGGCUCUGGAGUUGCCCAGUGAUCGGGAAGUCUUGCACCCGUUUGUUCGAAGACAUGCCCUCCACCGGAACUCCCUAGAGGGUGGACACACAGAAAGUAACACGAGUUUGCCAAGUGGCAUCCAGGCUUCUCUCACCUCCAUUAGCUCUUUACCUUUUGAGGAGGAUGAGCGGGAGGUGGCACUCACUAAGUUAACCAAGUCUGUAUCUGCUCCGCACAUCAGUAGCCCAGAGGAGGCUGCUGAAGAUGCAGGCACCAAGAAGCAAGAUGGAGGUUUUGCUGAACCUUCAGAUAUGCACAGCAAGAACCAAGGUUCCCCAGGAUCUUGCUCUCAACUUUGUGAUGACUCUGGAACACAGGAUGCUGGAGCAGACCAUCCCCUGGUGGAGAUAGGUUUAGACGCUGACAACCAGCAGGGCCCCGGAUACAUAGACAUCCCCAAAGGGAAAGGAAAGCAGUCUGAUGCUCAAGAACACUGUCUUCCUGAUAGCAGGAGUGAGAACACUCCAGGCGUUGAAACCAAAGGUCUUAAUUUAGAAAUACCAUGUGUCAUAGCACUUGAAAACCCCAGGACCAGAUCUCUUCAUAGAGCACUUGUGGAAACCCCAAAGGGCAUGCCUAAAGACUUGAAUGUGGGUCAGCCAGCUCUUUCCAACAGUGGCAUCUCAGAGGUUGAGGGUCUCUCUCAACAUCAGGUGCCUGAAUUGAGCUGUACGUCAGCUGCUGAUGCCAUCAACAUGAACUCAACAGGCCAGCAAAGCCAAAGUGAUUCACCUUGCAUCAUGGAUGACACAGCAUUUAAUAGAGGAGUGAAUGCCUUCCCGGAGGCUAAACAUAAAGCAGGCACUGUGUGCCCCACUGUGACCCAUUCCGUUCAUUCCCAGGUUUUGAAAAACCAAGAGCUGAAGGCAGGCACUUCCAUCAUGGGGUCCCAUCUGACUUCUGCAGAGACCUUUACUCUGGACAGCCUGAAGGCUGUGGAGGUUGUGAACUUAUCUGUGUCUUGCACUGCCACCUGUCUCCCUUUCUCAUCUGUGCCCAAGGAGACACCUGCCAGGGCUGGAUUCUCUUCCAAACAGACUCUGUUUCCCAUCACCCAUCAGCCUUUGGGAUCCUUUGGAGUUGUUUCUACCCAUUCCAGCACGUUGGAUGAGGAAGUCAGUGAAAGGAUGUUUAGUUUUUAUCAGGCCAAAGAAAAAUUUAAAAAAGAACUGAAGAUUGAAGGAUUUCUGUACAGUGACUUAACUGUACUGGCUUCUGAUAUACCAUAUUUCCCACCAGAGGAAGAGGAAGAAAAUUUGGAAGAUGGAAUUCACCUGGUUGUCUGUGUCCAUGGCCUGGAUGAUGAAGAAUGUUAUGAAGAUAGAGUGGCUUCACCCCUUUUGUACUGUCAGAAAAUGGAGCCAUGGAUCACAUUAUCAACUGGGCAACAAGUCAUAAAAACCACAACUGAUACUAAGCACAGGGUGCUUUGGAAGAUGACUUCUCUAGUUCAAGGGAACAGUGCAGACCUCCGGCUGGUAAAGACUUUCAUAGAACUGGGGCUCCCUGGAGGAAAACUGGACUUCCUAAUGUCUGAGAAGAAUCAGAUGGACACAUUUGCAGAUUUUGAUACUAUGACGGAUCGGUUAUUGGAUGAAAUCAUUCAACACAUUCAGUUGUACAACCUCUCCAUAUCCCGAAUUAGCUUCAUUGGCCAUUCUCUUGGCAACAUCAUCAUCCGAUCGGUCCUCACACGGCCCCGGUUCCGGUAUUACCUCAACAAACUCCACACGUUCCUGUCACUGUCUGGGCCUCACCUGGGAACCCUGUACAACAACAGCACCCUGGUUAGUACAGGCUUAUGGCUCAUGCAGAAACUGAAGAAAUCUGGGUCUCUACUGCAGCUGACAUUCAGGGAUAAUGCUGAUUUGCGCAAAUGUUUCCUCUACCAACUAAGCCAAAAAACAGGGCUGCAGUAUUUUAAAAACGUCGUGCUGGUUGCGUCUCCCCAAGACCGUUAUGUGCCAUUUCAUUCAGCCAGGAUUGAAAUGUGUAAAACUGCCCUCAAAGACAGACACACAGGGCCAGUUUAUGCAGAAAUGAUCAACAACCUCCUGGGCCCUCUGGUUGAAGCCAAGGACUGCACUUUAAUCCGACACAACGUGUUCCACGCCCUGCCCAACACUGCCAACACCCUGAUCGGCCGAGCCGCUCACAUCGCUGUGCUGGAUUCAGAACUCUUCCUGGAGAAGUUUUUCUUGGUGGCAGGACUCAACUACUUCAAGUAGUGGCUUUGAGGGAGCAGGUCUUUGGUAAUGCUUAUGAUCGGUGGAGAGCUUUAGCUGAGACCUGCUUUUACAGACCUCACCAUUUCAGAAUGAAGCUCCAAGGGAACAGCAUUGGGGGAUGGAGGCUCGGGUGGAACCUGACAUGAGAGGUGCUUUCGUUUUGGAGACUCGAGAAAGCUGAGCAAAUAGACUAAAUGACAACAAACUUUGCUUGAAUUUGUAUAGUUACCUGGAGUGUCAUUCAAGAUGUUUUCUAGGAAAAAUAUGAGAGAAUAAACAGAAUACUUGGGAGUUGGUGAGCUCCCCUUGCUAGCCACUACUGGCUUACUGAGAGAUUACUCCAAUUUAACUAGACUUGCCCAAUAUGUUACUAGCUUAUAGCUUUAUCAUUUCUGAUUAAGUGCACACAAGCAUUUCAGAACUCAGGUUAACCUCUGUGCAGAAGUGGAACAUAUUUGUGUAAAUAGAAUCCUCAAUAGAUUCAAAUGUGUCAGUUGUUCAAGAAAAUGUGAUGCCCAUAUUCAUAUUCUCUCUUCAUGUUUUCUAAACAAGGGAGCAAGGAAUGUGUUACAAAUCCCAGUUUUAUUUCAUAACAGCAGUGAGCAGGGUGACUUAAGGUAAAGAGGGAUAAAGCUGACACUAUUGGUAAAUACAAGUUUGUUACAAAGAAACUUGGCUCUAGGAACAUACCAAACUAUGAAUAGUUGCUCCACCUACUUCCCCAGACUUCUUCUAUGCAGAGCCCUGAUCCACAAAUUAUUUUAGUGAUUGCUUACAUCUUUGUCUGUAGUAGGGAACAUUGAGUGAGACUAACCUAGCAGAAGGGGGCACUGAGAUGAAUGCACACACGUGUGAAGCUCCUGCUGAUACACUUCCAAAGACAUGCUAUGUUAGCAUUUGAUGCAAUUGUAAAAAAUUAAAACCAUUAACAUGGCCAGCUGCUUCUCCUCUCCAUGGAAGGAGGAAAACAUCUAAAUGGAGGAGUGCUGGAUUAAAACCUCAGGGGAGCUCUAAGAAGGGUGCUGGCUAUCUUUCAAUAGAAAUGUCUUCUUGCCUUAGGAAAAUAAAGGGCUAGGAAAGGUCACUGCAUUGAUAAAAACCAAUAGAUGACAGGGACAAAAGUGAGAUCAGAUAGGAGGAGAACAACCAGACUGAAGACUCAACGUAAGCUGUUAUUGGUAAGUGACUCAAAGGUGAGUUUUGAAAAUUACCAGGAUGUUUAAUAGUCAGGUCUCAAAGACUGAGUAUGUUGUACGGGCUAAAGGAAGCCUAAAGAUUCAUUUAGUUGUAUGGAAGAGAUGAAUGAACCUGGACAGUAGGGGUAAAUAAGACAGGAGCCUCAUCUUUUGGAGAUGAAAACUCCUGCUUCUGCAAAAAUCCCUUCUGAAGUGUGGAAACGCAUCUAGGACCAGGGUUCUCAGCACCUAGACCAUGACUCUAGGUCACUGAUGCCAUGGUAACAAAACCAAAUAAAUCUAAGCUCAUCUAGAAUUUUAGAUCCUCUUAUAUUAACAAUGUGACUUUGAAAAAUAAAAGCAGACCAUGGGAAUGAGUCCAGGUGGGUAGCUUUGCAGGAGUGUAGACAUGUGGUAUUCUGUUUAAGAAAGAGAGGGUCGUUGAGGGAGAGUUGAAUGUCUUGCAAAGGCAGACUUCCACACAAUGGAUUUAGGGUUUCUCAGUGAGUCCUUUCUAAAUUCUUGUUAUAUCGUGGUCGUAAUGCAUAUGGGUUCACUGAGUCCUCUGGUCACUUUCCACCGGGAAUUUUUGUCUGAGCUCCCGAGUCAGAGCUGGGCAUAGACUCUGGUUCUUCAUGAGGAGUGCUGUAUUUGCUCUGUAACCUGGGAGACAUUUGUUCCCUAGUGGUGCAGCACAUGAUAUUGUGUUUCCUGACCUAGGCAAGUGCCCAUGCUCAGUACAGAACCAUAAGUUGGUAGCAGCUUCUCCUUUCUGGCCAAAUGAUGGGCCCUGUCCCUCUGAUGAGUGCAUUUCAUGUUGCGUUUCCAAUUUUCAUGAGCAAUGUUCGUCAUUCCCUGGUCCUUUGAAAGACUGUGUAGCCCGCGGUUAUGGAGCCGGGAUGAAUCUGAUGAUCAUCAUCUUCUCCAAUAACCAUAUGCCAUUUUUAACUUCAAUAUGCUGUCUGGACAUAGUGAGAACUAAUGGCAAUAAACGUCCAGCUGCAUGGUGCACCUCUUUUUUAUAGGGGUGCUCUGCUGUCUUUGUAAACCCUCUCUGGCCUCUGAGCAUCUAUUAUAAUUGUGUAGAAAGUACAUCUCUAUAUUGUAAAUAAGAGUGUUGAGCGUUGCGUGUCAUGCCUCAUUUGAAAAGGCUUUUUUAUGUCUCUUUCUAUUGAAAUAUAGAUAUCGAAUAUAUAAAUAUAUAUACAUAAAAUAUAUAUAAAUAUAUAUUAUGUAAAACAGGGACAUUCUAUUAUUGAUUGUAAAAAUUAUAAACAAAAUGCCUGCCAAGAUAAUGGUCUUAUAUGUCUUCAUUCUCUGCGUAAUUUUUGUUUUUGUUUUUGUGAUUUGUUGUUUCCCAAAAUGAGUUAGA